GAGCAGUCAGCACCUCACAGUGCGUUCCACAGUGCCCCGCACCGAGUGUCGCCGUCCCCCGCCCUGUGGCUCAGCCCCUGCACCGCCUCCGCCUGAGCACAGCCGCCACCCUGCGCCACUCGAAGACGCGUGGGUAAAUGGAAUCGGAAUCGGUCAUCAAGCCGCAGUCGGCAACGCCCCCCCUUGACACCUCCAGCUGGCCACUUCUCCUCAAGAACUACAGCCAGCUCAACGUGCGCUCGGGACACUACACCCCCAUCCCUAGCGGCCACACCCCGCUGCGGCGCCCGCUCCAGGAGUAUGUGCGGUAUGGUGUCAUCAACCUGGACAAACCGUCCAACCCCUCCUCGCAUGAGGUCGUGGCGUGGAUCAAGCGCAUCCUGCGGGUGGAGAAGACCGGGCACUCUGGCACGCUGGACCCCAAGGUGACGGGCAAUCUCAUUGUCUGUGUUGACCGCGCGACCCGCCUGGUGAAGAGCCAGCAAGGUGCUGGCAAGGAGUAUGUGGCCGUGGCCCGGCUACAUUCCAAGGUGGAAGGUGGCGCUGCCAAGGUUGCACGCGCUAUAGAGACCCUCACUGGCGCUCUGUUCCAGCGGCCCCCGCUAAUUUCGGCGGUGAAGCGCCAGCUGCGCAUCAGGACUAUUUACCAGAGCAAGUUGAUCGAAUAUGAUGAUGAGCGCAACCUGGUAGUGUUUUGGGUUAGCUGUGAAGCGGGCACCUACGUGCGCACGCUUUGUGUUCACCUGGGCCUGUUGUUGGGCGUAGGAGGCCACAUGCAGGAGCUGCGGCGUGUACGGAGCGGCAUCAUGGGCGAAAAGGACAACAUGAUCACGAUGCACGAUGUGCUUGAUGCGCAGUGGACCUUCGACAACUUGAAUGAUGAGGCCUACCUUCGCCGGGUAGUCAUGCCGCUCGAGACGCUGUUGACAAACUACAAGCGGAUUGUUGUGAAGGACAGUGCAGUGAAUGCGCUGUGCUAUGGCGCCAAGCUCAUGAUCCCUGGCCUGCUGCGCUAUGAAAGUGGCAUCGAGGUGGAUGAGGAGGUGGUGCUGAUGACCACCAAGGGGGAAGCCAUUGCUGUUGCUGUCGCCCAGAUGACAACCAGCAUCAUGGCCACCUGCGACCACGGCUGCGUCGCGAAGGUGAAGCGGGUGAUUAUGGAGCGCGACACAUACCCGCGCAGGUGGGGCCUUGGGCCAAUGGCCCAAAAAAAGAAACAACUUGUUGCUGCUGGGCAGCUGGACAAGUAUGGCCGCCCGAACGAGGUCACCCCCAAGGAGUACUUGCGAGCGCUAGGCGAACCCGAUGGGAAGGCUGCGCAGGGCGGACAGGUGCUUGAGGAGGACCGAGGCGAGCAGAAACAUGACCAUGAAGAUAGCAAGCAAAAGGUGGAGAAGAAGAAAAAGAAGAAGCGUGAGCGGGAGGCGGAAGAGAAGAGUGGAGAGGAGAAGAAGAUGAAGAAGAAGAAGUAAUUGGUGUGCCAAAGGUGGCUGCUGCCAUUUCACUCGCUACCAGCGCUACUCUCCUCUUCGGCGUCAGCCAGCCAGCCCAGCAAGUCGGUGCACAGCUCCACAAAGCGGCGAUCCUCCUUUGCACCAUUUUCCUUUUCAUUCGCCCAAUCCAGGAUUGCUUCCUCACAGAGCAGGUCGUGGUCAUAGCAAAGCUUGACCACCUGCGCAAAGUUAUUGCCGCAAGCAACAUGUGUGAUGCGUGGGACAC